AUGGGCGACACAAACUACUGGGUUGUGGACUAUGAACUCUCCUCCCCUGCGCCGCCGGCCUUCCCCAAGGCCCCGACGGUGCUGCAGCCUGCGGCCGGCCACGCCGAGCAGGGUACGGCGCUCUGCUUUGUGGGCCUCCUGCUGCUCCUGCUGGUCUUCCUGCUGGUCCGCUGCAUCCGCAUCUUACUGGACCCGUACAGCAGCAUGCCCACGUCAUCCUGGACCGACCACAAGGAGGGGAUCGACAGGGGGCAGUUUGACUACGCGCUGGUGUAG